AUAGAUGGAUUGUCGCAUGAUGACGAGACGCCAGGCAUCGAACCCAUGCAAAUGCAAAAGAAAAAUGGGCGCGCUGAACAGAAAACUACGAAAGAUGAAGAAGGGCCUCACAGAAGUGAUACAAACCGACUGGUUGCUCUAAGCUUUAUCAGGCCAUUGUUAACGGAAGCCGUUAUAGGUUAUGUUUUUUGGACCGUAUUACAUGCCCCUCCCUGCUAUGGUUUGGUUCUUUCCACUCAAGUAAUGGAAAUAUCCGGUUAUGAAGCUGUAGGUGUUAUCUGGGUUAUAUCACCACUGCUCUGCGGCAUCGGACCAUUGUUUAGAUUCUUACAAACAAAAUAUGGAUUGUUAUUAUUACGACUUGGACUUGUAUGCAGCUUAGCAUCGUUUCAGUUCUCAAAUAUUAUCAUAAGGCUUCUUGUCCUCACUGCGGUAUUAGCAUUGGUGACUCUCAUAGGAAUUGGAGGCUUUGUACCACGUUUUAUGUCAGAACAAUUUAUAGCAGAACCACAGAAAUCAGACCCCAAGACAUUUAGUACAAUGAUGUGGUCUGUAAGAUUUAUGUAUGAUAAUAAUGGUUGGCCUAGCUUUGAUAGAGCUGCUACAGUACUUAAUAAUACAGAGGCGGAUUUCAUUUCAUUUCUUGAGAGUGAUGCGUCAAAACCGUUCUUGGGAAACAAUGACAUCACAAUGUGGAUGUCUGAAAAACUUGGAAUGUACAGUGAUUUUGGACCAUCCACAGCUUCACACACAUGGGGAAGCAAUUUGUUUUCAAAGUACCAAAUUGUGAGAUCAAGUCACCAUAUAUUACCUUCUCCACAUGGUGAAUUAGGACCAGCAAUCUUUGCAACUGUCAACAUAUCAGGAACUUUGGUAGAUUUGCUCACAGCACAUAAUGGCAAUUAUGAAGAUUCCUUGGAUCGAAAGUUACAGACUGAGUACAUUGCCAAUAUUACACGAAAUAGUACUAACCCACUGGUGUACAUGGGCUAUGUGACUUCUAAACCCGGUGAGAGAGACUAUAAACAACUGACAACUAGAGGAAGGUUAAAGGAUAUUGAUGAAACUGACAGAAAGAGAUUCUGUUUAUAUAUUAUGUACAGAGGUUUAAUCAGGGUUGGUUAUGCUCGUAUAUCACAUGGUGGACUGACUGACACUGAAAUCCAGCUAGCUAAGUUUCGCAUUCCAGACAAUCCAAACAAAUAUCAAGAUAACAAUUACAUCACAAUACAAAGUGAAGAUGUUGAUCCAUCUGUUCGUUUCCCAACAGUUUUUGGAAAGCAUUACCACACCCAUUGGUGGGGAAAAGGAAAUUAUUACCACAUGAACACACCCAAGUACUUCAUAAAACGGAAACCAGGUGCCUAA